AAAUAAAAUUAGAUAACACUUUUCAAUGUAAGUGCAUUAGUUACAUAAACAUAUUCCCCAUGCAAAAAUUUGGAGGGAAAGUUGCAAGCACACAAACAGGCACUACCUAAAUUCAAUAUAUUCACGUUUUCUUUUUCUUCACUGUAAUAUUCUAUUGUUUCUCACAUUAGCAUACACAUGGAAUCUCAUAACUCUAAUGAAGAUGGAUUUAAGUCUUCUGCUGGGAAACGAAAAUUUCAUAUUGAUUUGAACAAGUUUCCAGAUAUUGAAGAUUCUUUUGAAGUGGAAAGUGAGACUAUUGAACAUUCACUUGAUUCUACUACAACUGUUGAAGAGAUUGUUGAGGAAUCUGAUAUCGAGUGUGAGGAUGAAGGUAGACAACCAAUCAUUAGAAGGAAGAUGCAAAUAUGGAAUGAGAAAGAUGCAAAAGAAAUUACAGAGAUGCAGAGGAAGAACUUAACAAAGAUGCAGAGGAAGAAGAACCUUUCAGCCUUGAACGUGAAGCUGUGAAGGAUGAGGUUAUGAAUGUUCUGCGAAUUUAUUUUCAUCGAGUUUAGUUGAAAAGAAAUGUUAUGGAUAUUUUGUUUUUGAAAUAUGGAAAUUUUAUGGAUAUUGAUAAAUCCUUUUCAUUUUAGUAAUGUUCUUGUGGUACUAUGUUAUGUCGAACA